UCUCAUUCUGUCUUUGUAGAUAGGAUCAAAUCAGACUGCAUCAUCUAAAUGAAGUUACCCAGCCAUGCAAUGUUCCUGGAAGGCUGUGAUUCUGCUUGCAUUGGUUUCCAUAGCGAUUCAAUACACAGCAAUCAGGACUUUCACAACCAAGCCUUUUCAUAUGUGCCCGGUCCCUAACCCUUUGAACUGCGGCUUGGGACAAGAUGUGGAGUCCUUCGAUCGGACGUGUGAUGAGUACCCGUAUUUUAAUUACAAUUCCUCCAGGAAGAUUCACAUCCUCAUCUUGGCGACCACCCGAAGCGGCUCGUCUUUCGUUGGACAGUUGUUCAACCAACACUCAGAUGUGUUCUAUCUUUUUGAACCACUCUAUCACGUUCAAACAACAUUAAUCCCUCACCUUUCUCCCAGCAGAUAUGCUGUUGAGCGCAGGGUGAUGCUGGGAGCCAGUCGCGACCUUCUGAGAAGCUUGUACAACUGUGACUUGCAUUUCUUAGAGAGUUACAUUAAACCGCAGCCCACAAACCACACCACGGACAAACUCUUUCGACGAGGAGCCAGCAAAGCCCUUUGUUCCAUGCCGGUCUGUGAUGCCUUCAGCCCCAGUGAAGGCAAUGUAGACGAGGGGGAUUGCGUUCGAAAGUGUGCCACCCUCAAUUUGACACUAGCUACCGAAUCGUGUCGAGAAAAGCGCCACGUGGCCAUUAAAACAGUGCGCAUACCAGAGGUGAAUGACCUCAAGGCGCUAAUCGAAGACCCUCGGCUUAACAUGAAAGUGAUCCAGCUUGUGAGGGACCCACGUGGGAUAUUAUCUUCACGGAUUGAAACCUUUCGGGACACGUACCGUCUGUGGCGGAUCUGGAGAGCCACAGGGCGGAAACCAUACAACUUGGAUUUGACCCAGCUCACAACAGUGUGCGAUGACUUCCUGAACUCGGUGUCCACAGGUUUAAGCCGGCCGCCGUGGCUUCGGGGAAGGUACAUGCUGGUAAGGUAUGAGGACCUGGCCAGGAACCCGCUCCAAAAAACCAAGGAGGUUUAUGAGUUCCUGGGUCUUUCCAUGGAAAAGAGCAUUGUGGACUGGAUACAUAACAACACCAGAGGCAAUAAUGAUGUGUCAGCAAAGCAUAAGUAUGGCACGUUGAGGGACUCCGCGGCCAACGCAGAAAGCUGGAGGUUGAAAUUGUCUCAUGACAUAGUUGAUUACACGCAAACUGUUUGUCAGCACAUUUUAGACGAGCUUGGCUACAAAGCUGUCAACUCCCCCGAGGAGCUGAAAAACAUGUCGCUCUCGCUCAUUGAGGACAAAACCUUCAUACCUUUUUUGUAACAAAGGUUAUCGUGUGCACGCACAACUAUUUUUCUACAUUUAUAUUGUACAUUUAAGCCUUAAUGUGAUUGACAUUUGCACUAUGAACUGUUUUUGUACUUUGGAGACUCCCUCGCAGUCACUAUGAUUUUCUGAACAGCACAAGAACCAAAACCCUUAGCUGUAAAGAGAUCGUAACUUCACCUUGAUUGCUCAUUAUUUAUAUACUAGAACAGAGCACCACACUACUGACAAAGAAAAUUUCUGUAUGCUGGCCAUUGCUAUGACAAAAGUGAAUGUGAAUAUUUUGUCGGUCAAAGGACCCAAACUAUUCCCAAGAAAAACAGACCUAAUGUGGGACUGAAAUGCUGUCAUAUAUAAUAACAGCUGUGCAAUAAAAUUGUGAAUGUUUCAGUUAGACUAUUUCUCAGGUUGUUUCUCAGUGUAAAUUCUUGACUGCCACAACUUGAAACAGAGUUUAAAGGAAUAUUCCAGACAAGUUAAGCUUAAUUGGCAGCAUUUGUGGCAUAAUGUUGAUUACCACAAAAAUUGAUUUUGACUUGUUCCUCCUUUUCUUUAAAAAAAGCAAAAAUCUGGGUUCCAGUGAGGGGGAAGUGAA